AGAGGGCGGGAGGGAGACGAGUCGGUGGUGGCAGCUUUUUCCUUCUUCUGCGCCGAGGAGACCGACAGGGACGGAGAGAGAUCCAGAAAGGAGAGGGGGCCCUCGUUAAUAAAUAAAUAAGUAAUCCUCAUCCCACCCUUCCCCACCUCCCUCGCAUCCCCGGUUUGUGCAGCAGAGGCGACCGGGAGGUGGGGAAGGGGCGUCUGUAGUCCGAGUGUGGCCCAGGUUCCCACUGAAGGCCCCGGCCCAGAGUAGGGAGCCUCUUCCCCCUGUCCCCGGCGCUUUCGCACGGUGGACCAUGAUGGCAUCGCUCGGCUGCUCCGGCUAGUCAAGAGAAAAGUCAGGCCCGGACCUCUCUCCCCCAGGCAGCGGGGGCCCGAGCUCCCCUGCCCGGGGUAGGAGGAGGAAGCAGAGGAGGAGAGGGAAGGUGGUGGCUCGGGGAGGAAGGCAAGGUGGGCGUCUCAGCUGCGGGCAACAAGAGGUAGAUCGAGUGAGGGUAGAGGCGACCAUUCCCCCCUCCUUCCCUUGGGCAGGGCUGUCUGCUCCCUCCCUCCCUCGGAGGGCAGAGUAGGGCCAGGGGAGGGGGAAAGAGUUUUUAGCGGGGGGAGCCCCGGCCCCCGCAACACUGACUGCGAUGGUGAGUCGCCGUGACUGACGAACGGACGGCCUUGCAAGUCCUCUUCACUGCAAGCAAAGAGUAGAGCCUCUCGCCCAGGAGCUGAAGCCAGAGGAGCAGCAAGCAGCAGACAUGGACUGUGGCGGCGUGUGAGAGCAAGAAGGGGGAUUUAAACACACACAUAUCGGCAGGACAACCGACAAACUCUUGAAAGGUUUAUUCGGCCGUUAUUAUUUUUCUCUCUCUUCACUUGGGAUAUUUCCACAGCGACGUGAAGAUGGUCUAUCUGAGCGCCUUGUAAAAGGUAUUUUUUUAAUAACAUCAGUUAAAGCAAAUACCACAGACUUUGAGGGGAGAACGAGGAGGUGAAAAGAGCGACCUUGCGGCACCUCUACGAAUAUUUAAUUCGCUCCAAGAUGCCGGUUAAAAAGAAAAGCGGUUUCCAGAUCACCAGCGUGACCACGGCUCAAGUGGCGGCCAACAGCAUCACCGAGGAUACUGAGAGCCUGGAAGACCCGGACGAGUCCCGCACCGAGGACAUCUCCUCCGAGAUCUUCGACGUGUCGUCCCGGGCCACAGACCACGAGCACGCCGAAGUGUGUGACCGCAGCUCGUCCGACGAGACCCUCAACAACGUGGGCGAGGCGGACACCCCAGGGGCGCUCUCCCCUAACAUCCCUCACGACCGUGAAGGCUUCGGAGGCCGGCUCCCCGGGACGGGGGCAGGAGGUGGAGUUGGAGGUACAGUUACUCCGGUCCCCGGGAAUGCACCGGGAGCCACGCUGCCCGCUUCCGCAUCGGUCAGCGGCACCUCAACCGGAGGGGUGGCUAUGCAACCGGCGGUGGCCUGCACCUCGCGUUUCAGGGUCAUCAAGCUGGACCAUGGCUCGGGCGAGCCUUUUCGCAGAGGCCGGUGGACCUGCACCGAGUUUUACGACCGAGAUUCGGACGGCACGAUGCUGACGAGGUCGGCUGACACUAUCAGGCACAAUAGCAGCAGCAGCACCGCCUCUGAGCAGCAGUGUGCCGACAGGGACAGUGGGUUGGGAGCCACGGCCAGCUCUGUUCAGUCCGUGCAUGGCACUGACUCCCUGGCUGAUACUUCCAUCAACGCCACGGUAACGCAGUUAACUCAGACCGAUGUGAUCAACCAACACCAAAGUUUCGUGAAGGGCCAGCAGUCCAUCUGCGGGCUUCCAGUGACUCAAGCUGCUUCCGGCACUCAAAUCUAUACUUCUGUGGGGGCUCAGCAACAUAUAUCGCAGAGCAAUUUGGGUCAGCACAAUGUUCUGCAAACGGGGAUUAAUGGCAUGGCAAUUCAUGCAGCAUGCACGUCAACAUCGCAGACUAAUGUAGCUGCUGCUCAUGCUUCGCAGAGUCAGCAGUUUCAGUUUUCUCCAAUUCCACAUUUACUGCCAUCUCAGUCUACUGUUCCAAACAGCCAUGUGGAAUAUAUGCAACAUUUGCCGGCCAUGCAGGGUCUAGGAACCAUACAGCAAUCUUCACCAGGUACAGUACUUCAGAUCACUGCAGCUAUGAGCCUUCCUACUGGCCAAGUGACGAGUCAGGGUCCUUCGCCAGCGAUGCAGUCACCUGCCAGUGGAGUGCAGGUUAUGGGUAUGCCAGCCCAGAGUGGUGAUUUGGACGGUCAGUGUGGACAAGGGAAGCAAAAUGCUCGGCCGGGUCCUACGAAAGGUCUUAUCUUACAGCAGCAAACUUUGGGGUCAACAGGUGUGCAACAACAUUUAACCCAACAGCAUCAAGCUCUGGGUCUACUAUCUGGAAUGAUCAGUCAGGUACCUGGCUUGUCCAGUGUGGCUGUUGGCAUUCAAAACGUGCCUAGUACUGGUGUUUCAAGUGUGCCUGCUGUGGUGCCUAAUGUAUCUGCUACGUCUGUUACUAUGCCAAGUGUUCCAGUAACAAUGGUUCAAUCCCAGCAAAGUACUCAGACACCAAUGACUGGGAGUACUGGCCUAAUACAAUCUGGGCUUCCUCUCAUGCAAGGUUCAAUCAACUUAUCUUCGAUCGUGUCACAGACCAACCUGUUUCACACACAGCAAGGUACAGGCCACCUGGAAGAGAGACGGAAUUCCGAGCAGCUUGUGUCUCAGACUUCUCAGUCUGCUGAAAGCAAGUCCUCCAUGAAGCCUCUUAUUCCUGAUAUUCUUGGUAACCCUUUGAAUUUACAAGUGGCCAGCCCUAUGAACAGCCUCACAAAUUCUGUGUUCUCAAUACCAAUACAAAUCGAUGGAGAUGAAGACAGUGCUUCAGGAGCAAGUGUGGUAGCAAUCGAUAACAAAAUAGAACAGGCCAUGGAUUUAGUGAAAAGUCAUCUGAUGUACGCUGUGAGAGAGGAAGUGGAAGUCUUAAAGGAGCAGAUCAAAGAGCUGAUUGAGAAGAACUGUAUACUUGAACGAGAGAAUUCCCUGUUAAAAUCUCUAGCGAACAAUGACCAGCUGACUCAGCUUCAAACGCAGGUGACCAACCUCAGUAGCACUUCCCAACCACAGCAGCCGGCAGCAGUAGCACAACCUCAACAAAGCACACAACAGACGCAGCCUCCUCCGCAGCCUAACAUUCCUUCUGCAUGAAACUCGCUCGCCUGCAUAGGAAAUCCUUCAGAGAGGAAAAAAAUAAGAAAAAUCCUGUCUCUGUGUGCCACUGGUGUUCUUACCACUCUCCAUUGAACAGCAAAUAGCCAUGCUUAAAUGUGUUUUUUGCUCCUUGGCCUUUUCAGUAUUAGACAAUCAUCUGCAAGAGCUUUCUGCCUGAGAUGUCCCAGUUGGCAUCAGCAAAUGUGUGACUGCACAAUCAGAGUUGGUUGAAGGAUCUGAAUCUUGUUGGAGAAAAGCGGAUCUUCAUCCGGUUAAUGGACAAGAGGGUACCUCCAUCUUUCUGGCUUACCAAGGUUUUUAUAUAUAUAAAAAUAAUAUAUAUAAAAUGCAUAUUAUAGGAAUCUGUAGGCCACGAGCCUUUUCCUGUCUAACAUUAAGAUCCAAUAAGCAGCUCUGUUCGAAAAGAGCCACUGUUCUCGUAACUUUUUUGCAUACAUGAAUUUUCAUUUACUGUUUGUUUUUAUUUAUUACAGGGCUGCUAUUUUCAUAUGUAUAUGAACAAUGUCACAGAAUCUUUUUUUUUGUAAGUUUGAAAUUAAAAGAUAAGAUUACUGGUAAAAGCAAGCGAUAGUUGGGAUUGCAUAUAUUAGUUUAAAAAAUAUAUAGGCAAUAAUAAAAUUUAAAAAAAAAUCCUGGCUUAAGAGUUCUGACACUAAUGGCAGUUUUACCUUGGGGAUUUUCUUCUGCAAUAGUUGAAUCCCAAUUUGAAUGUAAAUUUUGUAUAGAGUGUAAGUAAUGUAAGGAAGAACAUAGCAGACAUGUACAAGUAGGCACCAGACAUUGCGAUUUAAGACCUUGAAAGAAUAUUUGGGCUUUUUUUUGAUAAAGAAAAAUAAACUGUGCUCACUUCUGUUACUGAUUUUUCUUUGUGGGUUGGGUGAGGGGGAGAAUUGCCAUGAUUGUUCUACAUUUUUUUUCUCCUUUCCUCAGAAGUAUGUUUGGGGUGGGGGGGGGAAUAAGCUGUGAAAUUGUUCAACCUACUUUGUAACCAAAGAAGCAAAGCUGUAUCUGAAUUCAUUUAUUUUGUACGCUUAUUCUGUACGUAUUUUAGUUUGUACUUUUUUUUUUCUCGAGCUAUAACAUGCAUCCUUUAUUUUCCUUUUUAAUCUUCAGCAUGUUCUGCAUGACCCCUUUGUCAAACCAGUUUCUUACCUCAUGUUUUUACUGAGCACUCUUACUGUAACAAGUUUAGUCUGUGAACAAUGUCCAAUGAAAACUAAAACAGCUGGAUUCGAACUAGUGUUAAGUGCUAGUCAGAAAAAAAAUGGAGUGAGCCAUCUUUUGUUUAAAUGGUGUUUUGAAUUUCAUAUGCAUAAAGUUUUGUUACAUUGCAGAUUUUAUUGUAUUUAAUAAAUGCAACGUGCCGAUUCAGAUGU